AUGGCCCAGCACGCUCCAGAAGAGAUUCUCUCGCUACUCACACGUUUGAGCCAGAAGCCCGGUGUUCAGAGCACACUAAUACUGUCGCGCGAGAACGGCACCAUAAUACGCACUUCGGGUCUUAUAUCGAGUAGCUCCUCCGCGAAUCCAAAUAGCACACUACCAGCCUCCUCUAGCGAAACUGGCGUCGACAACUUCACCAACGGCAGGCAAGAGGGCGGAAUUCACAGCGCGGAAAACGUUGCCAGCAUGGUUUGGUCGUUCUUGAUAGCGGCGGGGAGUCUUGUUGACGAACUGGACAAGGAGGACGAAGUCAAGCUUUUGCGAUUGAGGACAAAAAAGAAUGAGCUUGUCAUAGUACCAGACCCCAAGUUCAUUCUCGUCGCCAUACACGAUACGCCUCCGGCCUAG